AUGAUUUUAUCAUCAGUUUUUAAGGUUCUUAGUAUCUUGCGACUUGAUUCUUGCCUGCCAGUCUCGUGUUAUCCUCAUAUUAUUAAGAUAUUUAAAAUUGGAUGGCUUCAUGUAAUGAAAAUUCAUUCAACUUAUCAAGAAAUAUUAUAGCUGUCUUUAGCGAAUCCUUCCAAAUAGCCUUCAAAUAAGUUUCAUUCGAGAAUUACCGAAAAUAUCAUCUACCUUUAAAUUGGGAUUUUAAUAGUCACAAUUUCAGAUGAUUCUAGUUAUAUUUAUUGAUGGUAUUCGUUCCCUAGUCUCAGUGAUAGAGCAAAAUCAUUUUGAUACGAAUAGAAUCCCAUUUUCAUGGAUAGUUAGCCUUUUCUAAGGGAGAUGAUUCUGAACUCAGUCAAAAGAUUCUAUAAAAUCUCAUGAUUCAAAAAUAGCAAAGUGCCUGGAGGUUGGAGAAAAAUUAAAGAGCUAUUCAAAUUUUCUCCAACCUACCUCAUAUCUUAACCAAAUUAAAAAUCUUUUUCAAAUACCACCUAGUCUUCUUUGGAGGAUUACUAUGAUAAGAAAUAAAGUGUUUGACUCAAAUAGGUUGCUCUUCAGACUCUCAGCCAUAUUUCGACUAGACGACUCCUAAGACACUAUUGCCAGAAAGCUUAUUUUUC